CACACCGAUUCCACUUAAAAACUGUUCACUUUGAAAACUUUACAGUUGACCGACUCAUGUGUGCGCAUGCGCGAGGACAAAUAGCAAUUCUAGCAGACGAAAAUAUUUAGCCUCUGGUAUAAAGAAUGUACCGGAACUGGAUAUAAGUGUAGUGUUUUAUUUAUUUGGGAAAAUAUGUGUAUGAUUAAUGGUCCGUGUGGAUUUAUAGUUUCCAUUAUUGUACUAGUAGUGGAUAUUACACGGAUCACUUAUGCCGGCGAUGUGAGGGACCUGAUGCACAGAUGUCCGGAUGGCUCAUUCGGAUACAACUGCAAGUUCAGGUGUCGUUGUCAGGACGAUGAACCAUGCGACAAGGUGACCGGAUACUGCUAUAACGCAUGCGCGACGGGAUUUUGGGGACCCGGAUGUCAGCUAUCCAACAACUGCUUCUACAACGGCCAACCGAACCUCUACGCGGGCGCAGUGAGUCACACAAAAAACCUGUACGUGUGCCAGCGCUGGGACUCCCAGGCGCCGCACCGGCACUCCUACAGCGCCGUCGACUUCCCGGAUGCUGCCGUACCCGAGAACUACUGCCGCACGACGAAGGAUUCCUCCAAGCCCUGGUGCUACACGACCGACGGGCGGCAGAGAUGGGAGCACUGCUCCGUAAACAACUGUAACUGCCCGCUGGGUCGGUUUGGGGACAAUUGCCAGAACGAAUGUCACUGUCUGGAGCCGGGCGAGCGCUGCGACACCAUCAUGGGCAUCUGCAAGUCCGGGUGCGCCCCGGGCUGGACCGGAUACGACUGCCAGACGCCGCAAGCUUGCCCCGAAAAUUCUUUUGGUUGGGAGUGCCAGCUGCGGUGCUACUGUCAGAACCCGAACCACUGCGACCGCUUCACGGGGCCCACCAACAACUGCCGAUGUCAGCCGGGCUACUUUAAUCCUCCCUACUGCGAACCAGUGACCGCCCCUCGCAUCGUGUCGUUUUCUAACGAGAAGGUAAACCAGGGCCAGUCCGCGGUGUUCAACUGCUCCGUCGCGGCGUUCCCCACUCCACGGGACGACGAGAUCCGCAUCGUGGCACCCUCGGGAAAGCAGGUCACGCUGAUACAGUCCCUCGUUUAUGACGGCUACACGCGAUCCAGUUUGUUUCUGGUUUCGGAUGUGAGUGCCGACGAACGCUACACGUGCGUGAUACGUGCCGUCGCCGGCGAGGUGUCCAUCACGAGGGCUGCCGACGUGUUCCUGCGACCGAUGCUGAUCACGGCGCCACGCGUUGUCAAGGAGCGGACGACGGCAACUUCCGCCCACCUUGAGUGGCCGCCGUGGAGCCGGGAGAGGGGCGACACCGGCGACUCGCCCAUAAUGUGGUACAGCGUCUUCGCGCGCGCUAACACGGGCAAUGAAUUCCGGUUGCAGAGCGUAGUACCGGAAGUGAAAUGUCAGGAGUACACAGUUUGUAACUACACCAUGACCGACCUGAAACCCAACACUUAUUACGUCAUUUACGUCAGCGUACGACGUCAGGGCGAUGCGUCAGACGGGUUGCCUAGUCCAAUGGCGCAUGUAAAAACGGAAUGUGCAGAACCAACUGAGGGUCCGCUGAUGAUAACAGCAGACGCCGAUUAUCAGCACAACAGCAGUUAUCCCAAGACGCAAGUGUUAAUCGAGUGGCAGGAUCCACUUCCGGUUGCGUGGGGAUGUGACAGCAUCCGCCGCUAUCAGAUAUUGGUCUACAAGGGAACACCGGAAGUCAUGGUGACGCACGUGGCCGGUCGCGCGCACAAGGAAUUCUACAUCCGGGAACUUGAGGCUGCCACUGAGUACUGUAUCGGUGUCAAGUAUGAGAACAAUGGAGGGUUCUACAGCCCGGCGUCUCAGAAUAAAUGUGUAACGACGCCUGACACAGUAUUAUCCGCGCCGACAGACCUGCGCUUGACCCACCAUACGUCACAGGCCUUGACCUUUUCCUGGGGUCGCCCUGCCAACGCCAAGGUCAACCUGACCACGUACACCAUCAUAUACUGGAAAGGCUUCGUGAGGGAGCUCUCCACUAAGAAGGGAGUACAGUGGGAGUCUGAGGAACCGGAAGUGGAGUUUACUCUGACGGGUCUUGAACCAAGCACUAGCUAUAAUAUACAGAUUCAAGGCGUUAACAGCGCGGGGUCAGGUGACUACAGCACCAUCUUGACGGCGUCCACUGCGAAAGAACGUCCGGGCAUAGUGACGCGCUUCCGGAACACCUCGCGCACCACCACUUCUAUCAUGCUCGAGUGGCAACAUCCGGUCCCCUCAACUGUCCAGACCCUUUUCUAUUAUGUACAGUGCGUGAGCCUUCGAUCGCUAUCGUCACCAAUGUUCGAACCGUUCCGUAUACCAAGCACGAUGAUGCCGAUGACGUCGUUCAACUACAGCGACCUGACGCCCUCUACCGAGUACAAGUGCACUAUCAACGCAAGCUCCAGCACAGGCACCGGGCCGAACUCUUACCUUCUUGUGUGGACGGAAUCUGUUGAUCCGAGCGAUCCACCGGCGCCGACGAUACUGGGACGAUCAGAGACGACGGUGACCGUGGAGAUCAAGCCCCACGAUGACCUGACAGUCAGUUUCUACCGUAUCGUCGUCGAGCGCCUUCAAAACCAAUCUAACCGCCGACGUCGUCGCCGACGCGUGCAGUCGGACGACGUAUCCGACACGGCAGUUGAUUACUACACAGCCGUAAAACAGGGCCUCCCAAUGUACGUGACGGCGCAACUAUCCGACCGAGACGCCGUCGGGAACUUCGUCGUCGGCGACAACAAGACAUACGGCGGCUACACUAACGUUCCCUUGCUGCCGGAAGUGGAAUACGAUAUCUGGUUGUGCGCUUUUGCUGAAACUGAUACGGGUUUAAGAACGUCGACAUCGAAAGCUAUAAAAGGAUCCGUUGAUCGUAGUGUUCUGACGGCGGAUAUGACGUCAAAUCACGUUCCCGCUAUUGUCGGGGUCCUUGUCGUCUUCAUUGUCCUCAUCCUAGUGGUGGCGCUGAUGCUGUUUGUAUGGAGGAAAAAGAAGAUACAGUCGGACCGUGAGAAGGCGGAAAUGCCCAACUUCGGGCCUACAAUUAUUCCGGAACCAGAUUUGACUCCGCCCUCGACCCCAAUUGACACGAUGGACCACAAUCCGUUGCUAGGCGAGUGCCCGGACGCCGUUUCCGAUACGGACUCGGAGCCUGUUUACGGUAACAUCGGCUUCGACGUCGUCCCGGUGCGAGUAGAGGACUUGUGGGACUACGUCAAGAACAACAAGUGUAACGAAUGCGAGGGCUUCAAACGCGAGUACAAGUUAAUUCCCGCUGGAGUUACAGCCAUGUGCGACGCAGCGAGAAAAGAAGAAAAUAAAAGCAAGAAUCGAUACGGCAAUAUUGUUGCAUACGACCACACACGAGUCGUGUUGCACGACUUUGAAGAGGAACACGACGACUACAUUAACGCCAACUAUAUUGACGGUUACAGUAAAGAGAAGGCGUACAUAGCUGCUCAAGGGCCUACGAAAGAGACACUAAAAGACAUUUGGCGGAUGGUUUGGCAGGAAAAAUCGAGGACCAUAAUUAUGUUGACCAACCCGACAGAAACGGGAAAGAAAAAGUGCGAGGCCUACUGGCCGAAUGACGACACGGAGGUGUUCCACGGUAUAACGGUGCAGCACAUGAGUACCUUCAACCUGCCCGACUUUACCACGAGGACGUUCAAACUUUCCAAGGACGGCGAGAUUCGUUUGGUGAAACAUUUCCACUACACGGCCUGGCCGGACCACGGCGUGCCUGCGUUCAGUAGCUCGCUGCUGCUCCUGCGGCAGAAGAUACGAUCUCACGAUAGCCUGGCCGCCGGGCCGCAGGUUAUACACUGCAGCGCGGGUGUAGGUCGCACGGGGUCGUACAUCGCUAUCGACGUGGAGUUGGAGCGGGCAAAGACGGAGGGCAAGGUCGACGUGCACAACUUCGUGCAGCUCAUGCGCACUCAGAGGAUUAACAUGGUGCAAACGCUGGAUCAGUACAUCUUUGUGUACGACUGUCUGUUGGAAGCUUUGAUAUGCGGCGACACCUUGAUGUACGCGGAUGAAUACAAGGAACUACUUGCGGACAUGUGCCAAUUCGACAACAGCAUACAAAAAACCAAACUCGAGGAACAAUUUGACAUAUUACGACUUAUCACUACCUCCCUAGAGCGGAAAGACAGCACAGUUGCCAACGCCCCAGAGAAUAUUUUCAAAAACAGAUGCAAAAAUAUAGUACCAGCAAAUCGGUUUCGGCCUUUUCUGAUGACUCCGUAUGAAGGUUGCAACGACUACAUAAACGCUGUGUUUACGAACAGCUACACCCAGUGUGACGGCUAUGUUCUGACCCAGAUGCCGCUACCCGAUACCGUGAUCGACUUCUGGCGCCUGGUGUACGACCACGCGGUGUCUGCCAUCGUCAUGUUGAACGACCUUGACCAACUCGAUGAGACGUGCGGACAAUACUGGAGCCUGUCGUCGUCGGGAGAAAACUACGGGCCUUUCAUCGUGGAAACGACGGCGGAGAUUCUGUCGGACCCUAGCAUUACCAUCCGAGACUUUACCGUCACCAAUACAUAUCUGCCCCAAGUUGUGCCAAAGGUUGUCCGCCAGUUCCACUUCCACAGGUGGGCGGAAGACUGCCCGGUCCCCAGCUCCAAGAUGGCGCUCUUUGAGCUAAUAGACCUGGUGGAGACUUGCCAGAAACACGCACCGGACCAACCCGUUCUCGUGCAUUGCAUGAACGGCGCCAGUCGCAGCGGGCUGUUCGUGGCGGUGAGUGUACUGAUGGAGCGGCUGAAGCUCGAGAAGGAGAUGGACGUCUUCCAGACGGUGAGACAGCUCAGACAGUGCAGGGGUCACCUCGUGGACAAUCUGGAACAGUACCGAUAUUGCCACGAGAUUCUUCUAGACUUCAUCAACAGUAAGAGCAAUGGCAACAACAACACUAUUGUUGCGCCCACAAUUAUCAACGAAACCCAAAGUAGCGAAGACUAGGCCAAAAAAGCGAAGACAACGCCAAAGUAGCGAAGUUAAACCCAAAGCAGCGAAGACAAAUCCAAAGUAGCGAAGACAACCCCAAAGUAGCAAUGAAUAGGCCAACUUAACUUGUUUCAAUUCGCAAGGAGGUCAAUACAGAAGAUGGCCUCAAAGUGGUCUUGAAUAUAACAUUCAAACGCAGUUAAGAGAUACAUACACGUGAAUACAAUUUACUGCAGGGAAGAUAUACGCGUGAUUCAGGGCGCAGAUGGAUGCGAAAUACGGGGAUUGUACAUGAUGCCCACAAACAGUGGUCAUGCGCCUUAAAACUAUAUACAACAAAGAUAUGUACACGUAAUUACAAGUGAAGGCUUUUGUGGGGGUCAUGUUCGUAUCAUAUAGGCAAACGUAAUUCUAAAUUUAGAACCUGCUUAUGUAAGCACAAAGUGAUCGCGGUAAGCGUUUGUUUGUACCUGUACAUGCCUGUUUAAAUCUCAAACGUUAUAUUUGUAUCGGCGAUUUUCUACCGCCAGUUAGUCAGGGAGGAGUGCAAUAGAUAAGUCGCGUUCUGGGAAAAAGGGGUUUAAUGAAUGUGCGAUGCCACAUAGAAACUAAUUGGUGCUGCAUAAAAACAUAUUGCUGUUAGCUAUUUACUUCUAUUUACUUUACUAUUUACUUCUUGUACCAUUACAUACUUGCCUACUUUUGUUCAUCAUAUAUAUAUACACAUAUAACCGUAAAUUGACGAAACCUGAUCGUGCGUAGUGUAUUUAAACAAACUGACAUUCUUUUAACAGGCUGUAUACGUAACCAAAAUGUGAGGUUGCUGUUUGGGUUUCAAUAAAAUUGAUGACAGGAAGUUUGCUCUAUCGAAUCGUUACCUUCCAUACAAGUCGUGGUCUGUUUUUCAAAAGUCUAUGAAAUGAUUUUUAUGUCCAGACUAAAAGCUAGGGCAGUAAAAUGAAAUUUGUCUCAAGUGUUAAUGAUAUGGAGAAAAUGUGCAGAUAGCAUCUGUCACUAAGACCACCUUAAUUUUAAGGCCAUGACUCGAAGAUUGAAAAGGUCAUUUCGGGCGAUAAAGAUGCGAUUGUUACAAAGAGUUUGUUGUUUUUAAAGUUCAGACUCGACGUAAACAUGUAUACUAUGUUAUAAUGCGUUAGUUAUGUUUAUGUGUGCUUAAAACCUCACCCUAUGUACUAUUAUCAUCAUUUUUUAUAGUAUUUUGUCAUAUUUAUCAGUACUUUUCUUGUGAGUUAUCCGGUUGUGGAUAAUCCUAUUUAAAUUCAUACUUUUGUGUAAUUGCAAACUGUGUUGUAAACGAUGUUCAUUAUAUAAUUGUAGAGCUUAUAAUGUACACAUAUGAGCCGCGUUCUGAGAAAACUGGGCUUAAUGCAUGUGCGUAAAGUGUCGUCCCAGAUUAGCCUGUGCAGUCCGCACAGGCUAAUCAGGGACGACGCUUUCCGCUUUUAUGGUUUCAAGGAAGUCCCUCCUUACCGAAAAUCAAGUUUAGGCGGAAAGUGUCGUCCCUGAUUAGCCUGUGCGUACUGCACAGCCUAAUCUGGGACGACACUUUACGCCCAUGCAUUAAGACCAGUUUUUUUCAGAACAAGGCUCAUAUAUUUAGACAUUGGUAUUUCGAUAGUCUUGUUGACUUUAAUUAAACAGAAACACAGUGGGUGUUGACCCGAGUGAGUUUUAGAGUUUAGAGUUUAUUUCAUCAUACUAUUUGACAUGUAUAUGUUAUUAAAAAGCUCAAUAGAUGAACCAAGGAACGUGUGUGUUAAUAUUGUGUAUAACAUGCCUAUUUAAGUAUGUUUAACUAUUGUAUUACACAUGAGAGGAAUUGUAUUACUUUUACAUGAAAUAUGAACAUAUAGUAGGCAUUUGUUUGUUAAAAGAACAGUUAGACAGACAGAAUCCUUUAAAAGAAAUAUAGAGGAACAUUUAUUAACGAGUUUCAAAAAUGUAAUUUCAUUUUUACAAUAUUUAUGCAUUUUUAUAUAUUUCAUAUAUACUAUUAUUGUCAUUAUUUUGCAACUUCUAACAAAAUAAAGUGCUAUGCAAGGAAA